GCUUCUGCCUGUGAACAAAACCCCAAGGCAACAAAAUCAUCGAAUAAUGACACGAUUCCCAUGAAUGUUUUUACGAAAUUUUCUAAAGACCAGGAAAAAAGAUUUGAUGAUCUAAUAGAUAAAAUAAACAACAUAAUUCUUCAAAAUAACGAACUAAAGGAAAGUGUACAACUGAUGUCGAACAAACACGACGAGUUAUUAGUGCGCAUAUCCACUUUGGAGAACGAAAGAAAAGAGGAUAAAAAACAAAUACAACAACUGCAAGAAAGUCUUGAAAACCUUGAGCGCAAAUCGCGGGCGUGCGGCAUAGAAAUAAGAAAUGUUCCGAAAACUAGUGGGGAGACUAAAGAGACCCUAAAUAAUUUAGUUUCCACUGUAGGAAAGGCCCUUAAUGUAAAUAUAAACGACUCCCAUAUCAGAGAUGUUUUCAGAAUAAACUCAAAAGACAACACUAACCCUAUUAUUGUUGAACUAGACACAGUGCAGCGCAAAAACAUAUUCAUUGAAGGUGUGAAGAAUUUUAACAGAAAUAAAACUAAAACCGAUAAAUUAAACUCUGCGCACCUCGGAUUGCAACAGCCAGCUCAGCCAAUUUAUAUCUCUGAAACGCUAACGGCCAAAACUCAGAAACUGUACGCACUUGCCAGGGCUUUUCGUAAAAAUUACGACUAUAAAUUCUGUUGGACUACGAAUGGCUACGUUUACCUUCGUAAUAGAAUAGGUGAGCGGCCCAUACGAGUUUUCUCUGAAAAGGACCUCGACAAUUUAAGAAACAAGAUGACCUGACUAUCGAUGGAAGUAGUAAUAUUUCAUGUACAUAACGUUAUCUAUAUGAUCUGUUCUAUAAUUUGUUAUAAUUUC